AUUACACACAAUAACAGGAGAGAGAGAGAGAGAGAGGCAUGCAAUUUUCCUUUCAACUUUGUCUUCAUUGUUAGCUAGCUGCUAUAGUUUCUGGUUCUUAGCUAGCUAGAGAGUUAGAAGAAAAACAGAUGAAAAUUAUGGAAGCAAAUAAAGCAUAUUUGGCUGUUAUUCUCAUACAGUCCAUAUAUGCAGGCAUGUUUUUGCUUUCAAAAGCCGCAUUUGACCUGGGUAUGAACACCUUCGUUUUCGUUUUCUAUCGACAAGCUGCUGCUGCUGUUUUCUUGAUUCCUCUGGCUGCUGCCUUCGAAUGGAAAAAUGCACCACCUCUAUCAUUCGUAACCUUGUGCAAGAUCUUUUUUCUUUCUCUUUUCGGGAUUACGUUCAGCUUGAACAUAUAUGGUGUUGCAUUGAUAUAUACAUCUGCAAGCUUGGCUGCCGCAACUACAAACUGCAUUCCGAUCAUUACUUUCUUCAUCGCACUUUUAUUCGGGAUGGAAAUGGUGCGGCUGAGGACAAGUGGUGGGAUAGCGAAGGUUGCAGGGUUAGCAAUAUGCCUUGUUGGUGUCACAAUAAUUGCCUUCUAUAGAGGCCCCACCUUGAAACUCUUGGUGCAUCAUCACCUCUUGGGAUCCUACCAUAAUACUAUACAACAACAUGGCCAGGUUGCAAGUAAUUCUCACACAACAUGGAUUAAAGGGUGCUUCCUCAUGCUCAUGGCCAAUAUUUUCUGGGGCCUAUGGCUUGUAUUACAGGUUCCGGUGAUAAAAAGUUACCCUUCAAAGCUAGUUCUCACGGCUCUGCAGUGCUUGUUUAGUGCAAUUCAGUCUUUCUUGAUUGCCGUUGCUUUGGAAAGAGACCCAAAUCAGUGGAAGCUGGAAUGGAAUGUUCGACUCCUGGCUGUGGUUUACUGUGGAGUAGUGGUGACUGGAGUGACAUUUUACUUACAAGCAUGGGUGAUUGAGAAGAAGGGUCCUGUCUUCUUAGCCAUGUCCCAACCAUUGGCCUUCGCCUUUACUAUCUUCAGUUCUGCUUUCCUCUUUGGGGAGACAAUUAGUUUGGGAAGUGUUUUAGGAGCAAUGGUGUUGGUUGGAGGGCUCUACAGUGUGUUGUGGGGAAAGAAUAGAGAGCAUAAGGUGGAAGAUGGGAUUUGUUUAACAACCAAAACCCCUGCUGCGGAGAUAGAAAGCUCGGGGUCAAACUCAAAAGAAGCAAUAGUAGAGGCGACCAAAACUGUCCCAGUUUGUAUUAUGGUGUAAGUAAGUAUAGGCUUGUCAAUUGACUGGAUUCGAGCCUCGAAUCCGAUAAGAUCCGAAUCCGGCCAAAUAGCUAGGUACACAUUCUAUAUAUGAAUGGUUGAGCAGUCCCCCUCUUUGCCUGUGUCCGUUAAAAGCCAUGGGUACCCAAUCAGAGAUAUAUAGGGCUGAAUACUUUCUCUUUUUUUUUUUUUUGUAUUUCUUCUUGUUAGAAUAAUUAAUAUUAGGAAAUAUUAUGUUACCAUGUUUUCGAAACUUUAUUAUUAUGUUAACUGUUUAGGCAGAUUGUUA